AUGGGGGCAGAUUGGGGACCGGUGGUUGUAGCGGUGGUGCUGUUCGUGCUGUUGACUCCGGGGCUCAUGUUUCAGAUUCCGGCCACGCGAAGGGUGGCGGAGUUUGGGAAUAUGCAGACAAGUCUUCCCUCCAUAGCUGUGCAUACCAUCAUCUACUUUGGACUGCUCACCAUCUUACUCGUUGCUAUAGGUGUCCAUAUCUCCACAGGAUGA